AUGAUCGCUCUUCUAUUGGUUGUUGUUCCCUUUGUUGCAACACAAUACGCAGUUCCUCCAUCAUUUGGUGGAUGUGGUGGAUGUCCGAUGCCCAUGUGUCAACCACGGCCAAUGUGCCCUCCUCCGCCAAUGCCUCUUUGCCCAACACCUCCUCCAUGCCCGUUACAGUUCUGCCCUCCACCCCCACUGUGCCCACCUCCUCCUAUGUGCCCGCCCCCGCCACCGCCGCCACCGCCACCACCUCCGCCAAUGUGCGGAUGUCGCCCAGCCUAUAUCCCGAUGUACCCCUCAUAUGCAUUCCGAUCACCAUAUCCGAUGCAAGGUACGUAUCCAAUCGCAUCAGGCCCAAGCUUUGGAUCUGGAGGAGGAUGUGGUGGAGGCCCACCCGUAGCUCCGCCCCCACGUCCGCCUGCGCAGAAUGACUGCUGCUGUGGCUGUUCGGCGCCUUGCAAGUACAAACGAAAAGCUUUGUACUCAAGCAAGACAGUGGACCCUUCAUGCAACAGUGAAGAUUUGCGUACUAUCAUACAAGAGUAUAUAACGGAUGAUGCCACUUCAUCAAAGAGAGCAAUCCAAGAAGCAGCAGAAGAUAACCUCAACGUAACCGUCAACGUUAUUUGUGGAAAAGGCGAAUUCAGUUAUGUGGCACAUACCGAUAGCUUCUGUCAAAGUUCAAAAGACGACAUCACCUGUUACGCAUUUCAGCCGCUGUAA